AUGGCAUUACGUGAAAAAGUCCUGCGCAAGAAAGCACAGAAGUUUGAAUUAAAAGGGUUACAGAAGCAUAAAGUAACCAUGGGAUACAUACCUGCACUUGAGGAAAUACUUCAUGAGAUUCAUGUCACUAAUCUUCCAAAACCUAGUGAUUAUGACAAUCGGAAAGAUUUGGUUCGUGUCUUCAAUGAAAUAGCCAAGGAAAUCUAUGGUAAUUUUUUGUACAUAACUUCACUAAACCAUAUACUUCCUCAAUGCAUACAUGCUAUGUCAUUUUCAUAUUGCUAG